AUGCCGACGCGCGCUUUCCGCGCGCUCACCUUCGGCAUCGUGCUGGCGUCGCUGCUGGUGUCGCUGCUGCUGCCCACCGUGGAGCUGGCGCUGGGGCUGGCGGGCGCCACGGCCGGCGUGCUGGUGUGCGUGGCGCUGCCCGCCGUCAGCUUCCUGCGCCUCACGCGCGGGCACACCGCCGAGAGGGCGCUCGCCAAGGUCGGUGUCGUACUGGUGGCGCUGCUGCUGCCCACCGUGCAGCUGGCGCUGGGGCUGGCGGGCGCCACGGCCGGCGUGCUGGUGUGCGUGGCGCUGCCCGCCGUCAGCUUCCUGCGCCUCACGCGCGGGCACACCGCCGAGAGGGCGCUCGCCAAGGUCGGUGUCGUACUGGUGGCGCUGCUGCUGCCCACCGUGCAGCUGGCGCUGGGGCUGGCGGGCGCCACGGCCGGCGUGCUGGUGUGCGUGGCGCUGCCCGCCGUCAGCUUCCUGCGCCUCACGCGCGGGCACACCGCCGAGAGGGCGCUCGCCAAGGUCGGUGUCGUACUGGUGGCGCUGCUGCUGCCCACCGUGCAGCUGGCGCUGGGGCUGGCGGGCGCCACGGCCGGCGUGCUGGUGUGCGUGGCGCUGCCCGCCGUCAGCUUCCUGCGCCUCACGCGCGGGCACACCGCCGAGAGGGCGCUCGCCAAGGUCGGUGUCGUACUGGUGGCGCUGCUGCUGCCCACCGUGCAGCUGGCGCUGGGGCUGGCGGGCGCCACGGCCGGCGUGCUGGUGUGCGUGGCGCUGCCCGCCGUCAGCUUCCUGCGCCUCACGCGCGGGCACACCGCCGAGAGGGCGCUCGCCAAGGUCGGUGUCGUACUGGUGGCGCUGCUGCUGCCCACCGUGCAGCUGGCGCUGGGGCUGGCGGGCGCCACGGCCGGCGUGCUGGUGUGCGUGGCGCUGCCCGCCGUCAGCUUCCUGCGCCUCACGCGCGGGCACACCGCCGAGAGGGCGCUCGCCAAGGUCGGUGUCGUACUGGUGGCGCUGCUGCUGCCCACCGUGCAGCUGGCGCUGGGGCUGGCGGGCGCCACGGCCGGCGUGCUGGUGUGCGUGGCGCUGCCCGCCGUCAGCUUCCUGCGCCUCACGCGCGGGCACACCGCCGAGAGGGCGCUCGCCAAGGUCGGUGUCGUACUGGUGGCGCUGCUGCUGCCCACCGUGCAGCUGGCGCUGGGGCUGGCGGGCGCCACGGCCGGCGUGCUGGUGUGCGUGGCGCUGCCCGCCGUCAGCUUCCUGCGCCUCACGCGCGGGCACACCGCCGAGAGGGCGCUCGCCAAGGUCGGUGUCGUACUGGUGGCGCUGCUGCUGCCCACCGUGCAGCUGGCGCUGGGGCUGGCGGGCGCCACGGCCGGCGUGCUGGUGUGCGUGGCGCUGCCCGCCGUCAGCUUCCUGCGCCUCACGCGCGGGCACACCGCCGAGAGGGCGCUCGCCAAGGUCGGUGUCGUACUGGUGGCGCUGCUGCUGCCCACCGUGCAGCUGGCGCUGGGGCUGGCGGGCGCCACGGCCGGCGUGCUGGUGUGCGUGGCGCUGCCCGCCGUCAGCUUCCUGCGCCUCACGCGCGGGCACACCGCCGAGAGGGCGCUCGCCAAGGUCGGUGUCGUACUGGUGGCGCUGCUGCUGCCCACCGUGCAGCUGGCGCUGGGGCUGGCGGGCGCCACGGCCGGCGUGCUGGUGUGCGUGGCGCUGCCCGCCGUCAGCUUCCUGCGCCUCACGCGCGGGCACACCGCCGAGAGGGCGCUCGCCAAGGUCGGUGUCGUACUGGUGGCGCUGCUGCUGCCCACCGUGCAGCUGGCGCUGGGGCUGGCGGGCGCCACGGCCGGCGUGCUGGUGUGCGUGGCGCUGCCCGCCGUCAGCUUCCUGCGCCUCACGCGCGGGCACACCGCCGAGAGGGCGCUCGCCAAGUGCAUAGUUGUUCUCGGACUAAUAAUAUUAGUAUUGGGAACCUACGCAAAUCUAAGAGCAGCUGAAUCCUCUAUAGACAAGUACGACGAGAGAUACAUCACUCAAGAACGUAUUGACAAGAUUGUGGAAGAUUUCUUUGAGAAGAUGGAAAAAUCUGAAGCAGAUGGAAUGAUAAGGAAUGAGAAACCUCAAUUAAGCAACGACCAGGAUUCUAAAGUGCAACCACCCAAUCCUGUUCCACCCGAAUCUCAUUCAAUAGAAAAAAACCCAAGCGCAAAUAUUGUUAACCAAAAAUUAAUAAAAGAAAUAUUACAAGACCAAAAAGAUGCAGCAGAUACAUUAAAAUCGUCAACACACCCGAAAAAUGAAAAAUUGAAAUUAGCGGAUGAAAUUAUAGCCAACGGUGAUAUUGGUGUAAGCAAGAAAGAGCCGAGCAAAAUAGAAAAAGCAAACGAAGAGAAACCACAAUCUAACCAAGAAAAAAUAGACAUGAUGAAACAACAGCAACUAAUUGAAACUAUCAAACAACACGGCGAAGAACAGAAAGAAUUGAUCAAAGAACAAAAAGAAAUUUUAGAUGAAAUUUUGAAAACUAAAAAAGAACUAGAGAAAAAUAAAAAAGAAGUCGUCAGUAACGAAGCGAAGAAAUUAGCCGUUGAAAGUAUUCAGAAAAUCGCAGAUGUUGCAAUAAAAAGUUUGAGUGGAGUGACAGAUCCACCGGCUGUUUUAAAAGAUGUAAAUCAAGGCGACAACAUAAACAAGUAUGAACACGAUGCGGCUAACGAAAUUGCUAAAAAAGCCAAAGAAGCUUUAGACGUGAUUAAAAAAUUAAAUAAAGAAAAGAAGGAAAAGGAAAAAGCAAUUUUUGAAGAAAAACAUAAAGACACCAAUGUCAAAAAUGGCAAUGAAAACACAAUAAAUCAAGUUCAACAAAAUUUAAUAAAUACUGAGGAAAUAAAAGAGAGAGAAAUACAACACAGAGAUAACACUGACAAUCAACAUGGAGUACAAUCAAAUUUAAAUAGUAACUUAAAUGUUAACAGUCAAUUAAAGGUUAAUGGAAAAGCAGACAAACAAAAUAAUCCUCCAUCAAAGGAUCAUUCACAUUUACCAGACGAACCACAAUCUUACAAACAAGGUGAAGAUUUGCAGAAAAAAGUUGAUUCCAAACCAAACCAUCAACAAGAAAAUAAUAUUCAAAGAGUACCUUUACCCAUAGCUUUGAAAGAAAAAGUAAAUUCAAAUAAAAUUGCUGAUAUUAAUAACAAUUUAGUUCAGAACAACGGUGCUGUGAACUUUAAAGAUGAUAUACUGCAAAAUAUUGCAAGCGGUCAAAAAAUAAUUCCUAGAAGAAAGAGAGAAGUUGUAGAUUGUACUGAGAAAACAACUCUUAAUGCAGAGGACAGACAAAUUUGUGAAAAUCUUGUAAAUACACCAAAUAUAGUGUCUGAUGAAACAAUUUUAAAGAAUGUUAAUUUAGAUGAAGUUGACUUAUCAAAUAGUUUGCCGUUGCAAGCUAUGGCGUUACAUCACAUCAGAUCUCUUAAAAGUAUUCAAGAUAAGAAAAGAUAAUCGUUACUAAUAAUUACGCUUUUAAUAGUUUUUAUAGUAAUUAUGAUGUUCUUUAAAAACCAUUGAAAAAUUAAAUUGUAAGUUAUUGAUUUUAAAAUAUUAAACAUUUUACAAUACCACGAAACCUAUGAAAUAAAAUGUUCAUUUUAAUAGCAUUACUAACCAUAAGAAUGCAUUUAAAUAUUUAUUAAUUUCAUAGCUUUUUAAUGUAAUUAUGUGAUGAAUAAAAGCUUAAAUGUUGGUAGUUAAGCUUUUGUUUAUUUAUUGAUAAAAUAAAAAUAAGUAAAAUUAAACUAAAAAAUCGUCGUCUGUGAUCUCAUAUAAUAAGCAACAUUAUGUUACUUGUGGAGAUUUUUAAAUGCUUAUAUUUGAUAACAGUAACAAAUAAUCUUACAUUUUGGCAAAAUGAAGCAAAUUGUGAUCAGGUGAACUGACUGAGAUUUUAUUGAAGAUAAUAAUAUUAAUAACAAAAUGUUUGUGAAUAAAAAAAAACGAUAACAGUU